CAAGAAAGGAACCCAACCCCCAACAUCUCAUCUACACUCUUCCCCUCUUAUAAUCCCAUCCUUCCCAAACCCCUCAAAUAUUAACCACUUAAACUACCCACCAUUUCCAUACCACACUAGAUCCCUCUCUCUCUCUCUCUCUCUCUCUCUCUCUCUCUAAAACUGAGAUCAAAAUUUGCAAAAAUGGGUAUCAAGUUUUUUAUGAUCGCCUUCAUGCUAAUUUCACUCAUAUUCUCUCUCCUCUACAUACCAACCCAACUAACAAAACCCAUCACCAUAUUGAGGCCUAGCAAAAGCUUCAUCGUCCCAAAAUCAAGCAACCCAUAUCCAGUUACAUUUGCUUACUUGAUCUCAGCAGCCAAAGGGGACUUGGCAAAGCUAAAACGCGCACUGCGUGCACUGUACCAUCCUGGGAAUUACUAUCUGAUCCACAUGGACUAUGGUGCACCAGAGAGUGAGCAUUUGGAGAUGGCUAAGUUUGUCUCCGGCGAGCCCGUUUUCAGCCAAGUGGGUAAUGUUUGGAUAGUUGGGAAGCCCAAUUUGGUCACAUACAGGGGUCCAACCAUGUUAGCUACCACUCUCCACGCAAUGUCUAUGCUUUUGAGGAUUGCCGCCAAAUGGGACUGGUUUAUUAACCUCAGUGCCUCUGAUUAUCCCUUAGUAACUCAAGAUGAUCUGAUCCAUGCCUUCUCUGAGUUGCCAAGAGAUCUCAAUUUCAUACAGCACAGCAGUCACUUGGGUUGGAAACUGAAUAAGAGAGGGAAACCAAUUAUAAUUGAUCCAGGUCUCUAUAGUCUUAAUAAAUCAGAGAUCUGGUGGGUUAUCAAACAGAGGAGUCUGCCAACUGCUUUCAAGCUUUAUACAGGUUCAGCUUGGACAAUAUUAUCAAGAUCUUUUGCAGAGUACUGCAUAGUGGGCUGGGACAAUCUGCCAAGGACCCUCCUUCUCUACUAUACAAAUUUUGUGUCAUCGCCGGAGGGAUACUUUCAGACAGUUAUAUGCAACUCUGCGGACUAUAGGAACACCACCGUGAACCAUGAUCUUCACUACAUUACUUGGGAUACGCCUCCAAAGCAACACCCGAGGUCCCUGGGACUCAAAGAUUACAGAAGAAUGGUUCUAAGCAGCCGCCCAUUUGCAAGGAAGUUCAAGAAAAAUGACCCUGUCCUUAAGAAGAUUGAUCGCGAGCUUCUCAGAAGGCGCAAUGGGCAAUUCACGUAUGGUGGGUGGUGUUCUAACAACGAAAAUAGGCACAAUACAUGCUCGGGCUUGCAGAGUGAGAAACAUGGUGUUCUUAGGCCUGGAACAGGUGCUAGGAGGCUGAAAACUUUGUUAAAAAAGCUGGUUGCUGCACAGAAUUUCAAUAAGCGACAAUGUAAAUGAUUUAUUCUAAACUAAAAUGAAUAAUAGUGAUUGUAAUAUUAGUCACCCUUCCUGUCAAGGUUAGGCAUAUCUUGAAUUGUUUAAAACAUGAUCAAAACAAUCGGUUUGUCGAAAAGCUCAUAUACUUGUUUGUUCUUAAAGGGUAAACACUAAGAGAAAUUGAGAAAGAGCGGGCCAUGAUUUAAUGUGGAGCCUCUAGCUACUUUCAGACUCGUUUGUAUUUUGGAUUUGUACAUUGAUUACGUCUAAAAAAUCACUAUUGUGAAGUAA